ACACCCAGCAAUAGUUGCGAUAAAUUAGUUCAUCCAUUGAACAACGAAUUCUCAAUGAGUCACUUCACCAUUAAAAAUCUGUUCUCAUCUAUAUACAACAGUCUGGUGAAUCCUGCGCCGAAACCACCACUUCCUCCAACCAUCGAAUGGCUCCUGUCUCAUCGACAACAGCGGCGGGCGCAAACAGCGGGCGAGACCCCUCUCGCUUCGUUGUAUCGAAUGUAUGAAUACAUUGUCUUGGGAUAUAAUGCUGGCCUCCGUACGGAGAUUGAAUGGUUUUUCAAUCAUCCAAGCUGGGCUGUUGCCGCGAUUCCCGACCCCAAAGACUCCGACCCAGCACGUUACGCUAUCCUUUCUGUAAUCCCCCAUUUUCUAACGGGAGCAUUCAAUCGACUUAUUGAGAGGGGACUGCCUCGAGGAAGUCCUGCCAUCAUCUGCGGCGAUGAGGCCGAGGAAGAGCUCAAGUCAAAAGCAGUCGUGCUGGAAUCCGCGCCGGCAUGGGUUGCUCAUGUCCCUAAACUCUCGGAGGAGCUUAUCAUCCCUAAUUCAGACGGGGGUGUCCCAGAGAAGCAAAUCCGCAGUCCUCAGUUUCUCGCUAUGAAUAUUGUUGUGUCGCAGCCUCAUACAUUGUUUGUUUAA